AUUUGGAUAGUAAAAUACCUAUGGGUAUCAGCAAAAUUGCCAUCAACGAGGAAAAUGAUCCAACGACUUCGAAAGAAUUGAACGAGGAGCCGUAUGAGGUGAAAAUCUCAUGUACGGUUCUGUAGAGUGGCAGUAUGGGUGACCUAUCUGUCAACUUUUCCACUAUCAAGAAAGUCGAAGCAUAUAUUUUAUUCGAUACAAUUUUUUUUUUUAGGAUCCACUAUAAUAACGAGAAAGAUUUUUGCAUAUACAGAGAAAUCGAUCAAUAAUAUCUGAAUCAGAUGAAUCAACCCAAGCCGAUUUACUAAUGAGAUGCCCAACUCAAUUACAAAAUUUGAUCUUUUCCAAGGCUCCAAUCAAUCCUAAUGGGAAAGAGUAGUUGGUAUUUUGGAUCACUAAUGGCUACCUAGAAGAAUGUACAAUGAAUUAUUAUGUCCCCGCCGCCCACACCUUAAGAUUGCAGAUACAGCCGGGACACGCACCUCUUGUGGCUUUCAUUAUACAACAAUCAUAAUAAUGGCUGCACUCUCUGCAAUCUCCAUUUCCUCCGGCAAGCGCUUCUCGCUGCAGCAGCAGCUUUCUCAAAUACCCUUACCUAAUAACCUAAAAUAAUGGCAACUGCCAUCUCACAUUACCUAACUCGUGAGGCCAUUGGGUCCUCUCUCUCUCUGUAUCAAUGCAUAUCUAUGAUGGAUUUGAUGGUGGUCGGAAAACUUGUUAAGUCGUUAAAAGAAGUCAUUGCUUAUGCGGAAAACCGUUUCGUUUUUUAAAAUGAAUUCCUUUUAUCGAUUAGGAUUAAUGAGAUCAGGUUGGCAUAUCAGAUUCGGUUUUCGGUUAAAGUAAGGAAGUUAAACUUGUAAUUAAUUUCUGGUAUUAUUUUCGAAACCAUAAAGUUCUAGCGGGAUUUUUUAAACAGAGGAAUUGAUAAGAAACCGUUAACCGUGUUAAAAAAAGUCAUUAAAUUUCAACUUGAAAAAAUAGAUGUCCUUAUUGAAUUUUUUGCUUUGCACCCACCGCCCCAGCAAAACAUUUUCCACAAGUAGUCCCAUGUGAGACACCGGGCCUGCCUCUCUUCAGCAAAAAUGAAACAGGUAGGCCGACUUUCUGGGCUCUGCUUCAUUAGUUGGGCCCUUUCCGAAGUUGGCCGAAUAAGCAAUCCUUAUUCGGAGAAGCCCAGACAACGUGUACUCUGGCCCAACCCAAUUCCAACUGAGAGGAAGGCUGAGUCAAACUCGGCGACGAAGAAAAGAAAUCGCAGACUUAGCGCGUGGCUUGACUUCCCUACCUAAGUCGCUGUGCGAGCCGUGAAAAACAGCGGGCGGUGGCGCACAAGAACCGAACUCGCUCGCUAGAGAGAUUAAAAAAACCCGCUAAACCCCCUUUCUUCUUGCACAAGGGUUUAUCUUCGUCAGUUCUAGGAAGCAGCAGCAGCGGCGGCGGCGGCAAACGAACGAUGGAGAAGGCGGUGGCGGUGUGCGGCCAAGAAGCGGUGGAUCUGCUCAACUGCGUGGCUGAAUCGCCAUACGACAAUGACAAAUGCCUCCGCCUCUUGCAGGCCUUGCGAGAUUGUGCCGUGAAGCAGAAUGUGAAGAAGUUCUCCCUCGCAGAUGAGGCCAACAAAGAAGCAGGGGUAUCACCCAAGAAAGGUUUGAGUUAGCAUACUCUUGGCCCUUGUCCGAUCCAUCUUCCUCUUAGGGUGUGUGAAGUUCAUGUCUUUUCAAUUCAAGGACUUCACUUGCUAGUCGCUAGAUGUCUGAAGAAUCCUAGCUUGUGAUUAUCUGGAGGAGAGUGAAGAUUCUGACAUUCUUCGAUCUCGAACCCGACUCUCUCAGAUUGUUUUUGCUCUUUUGCUGUUUCCUCACACAAAGAUGUAAAACUUUGAAAGACCAAUUUAAUCUUUGUUCUUAUAUACUGUUGCUACCUACACUGUGUCAUCCAAAUGCCAGAUACUUUCUGUUUCUCAACAAAUGAAAUCGUUGCUCCGGG